AGAAUGUAUUUAGACUUUCUGCGACGAUUGUCUAUCGUCGUAGAAUGUAUGUAAAUUUUUUGCGACGAUAGCCCGUCAUCACAGAAUGUUUGGGAGCUUUCUGCGACGAUGGCCUGUCGUCGCAGAAUGUUCGAGACUUUAUGAGACCUUUUUUAGUCAUUGUAUAAUGCUUCAUGAAAUUUUAUAUUUGGGCUUAAUUAUCUAACAUAAGGAUUAUAUUUGGACUUAAUUUUAUAUUUUAUAUUAGUAGCUAAGAAUUUUCCAGGAUAAUUGGAAUUGGUUUUAACCGAAGGAUUUGAAGUGCUUUGAUGAAUUUUACGAUUUGGGUAAAUACUAUUUUCUAGCCAAACAUUUUCCCCAUUCCAAAUUAAUAGCCAAGCCUUUCGAAAUCUUAAUAAUUAGCCAAUCGUUAAGUCUCCGUUAAUAAUUUCGUUAAAUGACGAUGAGCUGACGAAUAUUGUGCUGACUUGAACCUUAUUUUGCUCGACUAUGUUCCUCUCAGUGGCGGUGGAAGAAAGAUACAGUGGGAGAAAUAAUGAAAGGGGUCGUCGGUGCUUCGGGUGUCAAUGGCGAUGAAGGAAGAUCAAAGAGUGCAUGGGUUUUGGCAUGUGACAACGGCGAAUCGGCUCCUCUUGAUCGGAAAAGCGUUGAUCCGGGUAAGAUUUGGCCUGCAUGUGUGUUUUUCUUGAGGGUUUCUGGCUCCAGAAUGCGAUUGUGACAUUUUUAUUCUAGGUUUUCUUUUCAAAAGAGAGAAUAAGAAAUGGGUACCAUUAAACUUUCAGAAUUGGGGGAGGGUACCACUAAAGUCAAUUUAGGGCGUUGAAUGCCAUGUAAGUUAAUUAAAUGUGCAUCCUUCCAAUUUUCCAUCCAUUUCACUAACGGAGAAAAAAAAUUGCCAAGUCAGCUUUGACUACAGGCCACAAGGUUGUUGCGUCACUUACCUGAUCACCCCUUGUAUUUCUGCAUCCCUUCGCAAAAAAAAAAAAAAAAAACCCCUAAUACCAAACCUCUCCCUCCCAAAGAUGCUUCCCCAAGUUGAAACUCUUCAUCUUCUCCAUCAAAAUUGCAGCUCGACGAGACUUGACGGCGGAAAAUAAUCCUACGCAUAAGACGAGUGUUCGAAAGAGACGACGAUCGUAAAAAUUAGGAUGGCCAAUAUUUUCUCACCGAAGCUGGAAACCUUUGCAGGUAUGGAAUCUCAACAUUUCUUCUAGUUUUUUCCGUAUUUGUUACUUGUGCUAUAUGUACUAAACCCAAUUCCGCUUUCCUAUGAUAGAGUUUAAAUUGGGACAAGAUUGCUCCAACUGUUAGUAUGUCAGGAGGUCGGGAUUCUCUACCACGACAUGGUAAGGAUUCUUUCUUUUCUAUCUGCAUAUUGUCUUUUUUUUUAACUUGAAUUAGCGUUUAUGUUAAAGGAAGGGAAGUACGUUUGCUUCUUUUUGCCCUUGCAUGCAAGGGUUGCAUGAAUGAUAACCCUUUUUUAUUAAUAUUUUUGUUUCUUUAAUUUGUUUGUUUGGGUAAGGUAAGUGGCCCCCUACUUGUUGGUUUGUGAAUUUUAUUAUUGAGAGUAUGUGUUCCAUCCCAUUUUCAAGCUUUUUGUUUCUCUGUACAGAAGGAGAAGCUGAGUCUGAAGCCGAAAGUGGGUUUGAGGAUGAUCAAAAUGAAGUUAGUGAUGAGGACUUUGAUUUCGAAGAUUUUGAAGGUGGAGGGGACACGAACAAUUUGAUCAUUGAUGAUGACAUUGGUGGAGAUGUUGACACAUAUUGCUAUGAUUCAGAUGACAUGGGCAGCUCCCACUCAAGUGAUGACGAAAGUUAUACUAAAAAUAAGUUCGAAGAGUUUAAUCCAGCAAGGGAUAUGGAAAAUCCUCAAUUCUCUGUGGGGCAAAUCUUUAGGGACUUGAAUACUUUCAAGCAAGCUAUUAGAGCUUACUCAAUAAAAAAUAAGUUUCCUUUGAGAUUUGCCCACAGUGACCAACAAGAGUUCAAGUUUUGUUUGACAAGAAUUGUGGUUGGAACAUUUGGGCGUCACCUUCUGCAGAUGGGAAGAAAGUUCACAUUAAGAUAGCCCAAUUGGAACAUAAUGGAUGUGUUCUGCUAUCUUGGCACAAGUGGUUUACUUACAAAUUCAUUGCCAAGAAGUACCUGCUUAGGUUUGAAAUUGAUCCUAAAUGGGGGAAUGAUUCGAUAAUGCAGACGGUGGAAGAAGGCUUUCAUUGUACUGUAUCAAGAUGGACAGCAAGAAGGGCACGUGAUUAUGCGGUGAAUUUGAUACGGGGAAAGGCUGAAGAUCAAUAUGCGCGACUUCAUGACUACUGCGCGGAGGUAAAUCAAACUCAUCUGGGUUCGACUAUGUUUGUGGAGACAGAGGAUAACUAUUUUUUGAGAAUGUACUGUUGUUUGGCUGCUUGUAAAGAAAGGUUUGCAGCCGGUUGUAGGAAGAUCAUUUUUCUCUAUGGUUGCUUCUUGAAGACACUUCAUGGAGGACAACUACUUUCUGCUGUUGGAAUCGACGCCAAUGAUGGAAUUUUUCCUAUAGCUUAUGCUUUGGUGGGGGUAGAGAACCAAGAGAACUGGACAUGGUUUUUGGCUCAUGUACUCCAAGACUUACAAGUUCCAGAAGUGUCUGAUGAUUGGACAUUUAUGUGCGAUAAACAAAAGGUAAUCACCAAAUAUAUGAGUGAGCUGAACAUUGUUUUUAAUUAACUUUUCCAUCUCUGAUGCUGUAAUUUUGAUUAUGGACCUUUUGUUUGUCAUUUUAAAUUUAACUAUGGAGGCUAUUAUUAGUUUAAUAAUCCUGGAGACACGUCUCUACCUUUGCUCUAGUUAGGAUAAUAUAAAUGGCAUAAAUUGCUUUUUUAAUACCUUGUUCUCUACGUGAUUAGAAUUUAGAAAUGAAUUCUAUAAUUCUGAAUUUUGUAUAUAUAACUCUAAUGCAGGGCUUGGUUAACGCUCUCUCGCAACUGGUACCAUAUGCAGAGUACCGAUUUUGCGUUAGACACCUUUGGUGUAACCUCCAACGAGCUCAAUCAGGUAACAAAACUACGAAAGACAUGUUAUGGGCAAUUGCUAGGUCUUCAUAUGAAGCUGAGUUCAAAAGAACUGUCAGUGAACUUAGGGGGUAUAAUGAAGAUGCAUGUAAGUGGUUAUUGGAAAAACCUUUGAAUCAGUGGUGUCGAGCAUACUUUCGAACUAGUUCCAAGACCGAUGUGUUGUUGAACAACCACUGUGAAUCCUGGAAUAGGACCAUAUUAGGUGCUAGAGUCAAACCCAUCAUUAGUAUGUUUGAGACUAUUAGAUUAUAGUUUAUGGUUAGGUUUGCAAAGAAAAAGGCAUUUGCUGAGAAUAAUUUCAAAGGACAAUUCAGCCCAAAAAUUCUGAAGAAGAUAAAUGCGGCUAAGGAGGGUAGCUUCGGUUGGAGAGCCCUACCCAAUGGUUCUAACACAUUCCAGGUUCGAUGUCUUGAAGGACAAGUUGUUGUCGACUUGAACAAAUGUAGUUGCACAUGUAGGAAAUGAGAGUUGACUAGAAUACCAUGUGCUCAUGCUGUUUGCUGCAUAUUUUCAAAGAAGGAGAAGGUGGAACCAUAUGUGGAUAAGUGUUAUGAGGUGGCCACCUAUGUUAGUAUUUAUAACUACACACUGGAAUAUAUGGUUGGGCCUGAAUCAUGGAGGGAUAGCAACCAAGACCCUGUAAUGCCACCCUAUGUUAGCAUUGAUGCUAAGGCAACAAGGGGGAGACGUAGGGUGAAUAGGAGAAAAGGUCCGGAGGAGGUAUUGGAAGGGAAACAAAAGCGACCAAGAAAGCAGAAGCCCAACAAUCAAAGAAUGAACAAGAAAAAUGGAAAAAUUCAUUGCAGUCAAUGCGGUGGAGAGGGUCACAACAAGAGUGCACAUCGUGAUGGAAACGAACGAGCUAGAGUUCGGAAUGAGCAACAUGGUGGCAUAAAUGAACCAGUUGGAGUUGC